AUGGCAACCGUCCUCACUGCGGAGGAGCUAGGCUCCUUGAAAUACAGCGACCUACAGAACUUGGCCAAGAGUUUGGGCCUCCAGGCUAACUUGAGGGCAAACAAGCUCUUAAAGGCUUUGAAAACCCACCUUAAACAGGAAGCACAAAAAGAAAAUAAGAAUCAGGAUGAAAGAAGAAAGAAACACCACUCCUCUCAUGAAAUGAAGAAGCAGUCCAGCAGUGAGCAAGGGGUAAUGACACCCAAGCCUCCAGGAAGCCUCUCCACAGCUUGCACUCCCGCCAGCCAGCAGCGCUCACAAGGCCACUCAGGGACGAAAAUGAACGUCAGAUUUUCAGCUGCAACUAAAGAUAAUGAGCAUAAGCGUUCACUGACCAAGACUCCAGCCAGAAAGUCUCCACAUGUCACCAUGGCUGAGAACAUGGCAAAAGGCCAGACUGUUUUCAGGACACCCACGUUAAAGACCACAAAGGGGAAGUCUGCUGCUACUGUUAUUACUCCAUUCAAGUUGACAACUGUGGGAAUGCAGACUCUUGUCUCCAAUAAGAAACCAGUAUUUGACCUCAAAGCAAGUUUGUCUCGUCCCCUGAACUAUGAGCCCCAUAAAGGAAAGUUGAAACCAUGGGGGCAAUCUAAAGAAAAUAAUUCUCUGAAUGAACAUGUGAGCAGAGUAAGUUUCCAUAAGAAAACUUACAAACAACCUCCUAUCCAGACCAGGGAAGAGCAACGGAAGAAACACGAGCAAGAAUGGAAGGAGAAGAAAGCCAAGGUUCUGGGAGCUCACAGGGGCCUUAUUAUGGUUAAAGACAAAUGAUUUUUAACCCCUGUAAAUAUUACUUCAUUCUGAAUUUGCUUUCCUUGUAUAAAUAUUUCUACACUGUCCUUUUUUUCCUACAGAUAACUUUUGUUCAUUAUCUAUGUAGUGUGAGUACUUAAUGUCCACAGCUCUGAAAGUUAUAAACAUCUUAAAGCUCAUAAAUUCUGUAGAAUGGCUUUAAGUGUUUGUAUAGCUCAAUUUUCUGAUGAGACCCAUCCCAGAUUCUUAACCUAGAUCUGUAAUGUUAACAUCCUGUUUGCUGGUGCUAAUAUUAACAGACUGGCAGUCCUCUUCCAGCUCGCAGCAUCUACCCAAGGGCAGUGAGCUGCACUACAAGCUUCAAUAGAAUCUGAACAAUGUUAA